UAUAGAUAUCUAUGGUUAGCUUAACACUCGUGGUCAUUUAAAGAUGGCGGAGUGCUUGGCUGCACGUUUGGCGGCCCAGGAGGAACAGAUUCAGCACCUGACCAGGGAAAUCUCCAGCCUCCGUGACGGACUUAACGGGGGUCCGAUCCCCAGCUGCGCGCUGUCCAUCUCCCCGGAGCUGGAGAGUCUGCGCACCGAGAAUGAGAAGCUCAGGUACCGGCUGCUGCACCUCCGCCGGGGUCUGCAGGCGGAGCUGGAGCUGGAGAGGGCUCGGGGCAAGUCACAGCCAGCGGCUAAGCCUGACAAAGCCCCGGCCAACAACACCAGCGACCAGCGUCGACCAAACAACCGAGCAGACAACAAGGUGGGAGUGAGAACUGGAGAGGAGGCAGCCUCCGAUGCCAAGCCAGUUGACAAGAACAGGAAGGAGAAGAAGCAGGAUAAGGCACCAGGAGAUGGAGCUGUCAAACAGUUGAAGACCUCGCCUGCAUACAUCGCAGGGCGCCUUAGCCUCUAUGAGCAGCUAAAGAAGGAGAGUGAUGCCCUGCAGGCCAGGAGAGCUGCAGAGAACAAACCCAUCACUGUGGAGCUUCCAGAUGGGUGUAAGGUGGAGGGGACAGCCUGGGUCACCACCCCAUACCAGCUGGCCUGUGGCAUCAGCCAGGGUCUGGCGGACAAUGCUGUGAUUUCUCGGGUGAGUGGGGAGCUCUGGGACCUGGACAGACCCCUGGAGCAGGACUGCUCUCUGGAAAUCCUACGCUUUGACAAUGACGAUGCUCAGGCUGUAUACUGGCAUUCAAGUGCCCACAUCCUGGGGGAGGCGAUGGAGAGCUAUUAUGGAGGCUGUCUGUGUUACGGACCACCCAUAGAGAACGGUUUCUACUACGACAUGUACCUGGAUGGACAGAAGGGUGUGUCCAGCACUGAGUUUGGGGAACUGGAGACGCUGUGUAAAACUGUGAUAAAGGACAAACAGCCUUUUGAGAGGCUGGAGGUCCGCAAGGACACACUGCUGGAGAUGUUUACGUACAACAAAUUUAAGUGCCGCAUUCUGAAUGAGAAAGUCUCCACCCCCACUACCACAGUCUACAGAUGUGGGCCCUUGAUUGACCUGUGCAGAGGUCCCCAUGUCAGGCAUACCGGCAAGAUCAAGGCCAUGAAGAUUUAUAAGAACUCUUCCACCUACUGGGAGGGGCGCUCCGACAUGGAGACACUGCAGAGGAUCUACGGGAUUUCCUUCCCAGACUCCAAAAUGCUGAAAGAGUGGGAACGUUUCCAAGAGGAGGCCAAGAACAGAGACCAUCGCAAGAUUGGCAAGGAUCAGGAACUGUUCUUCUUCCAUGAUCUCAGCCCUGGCAGCUGCUUCUUCCUGCCAAGCGGAGCUUAUAUCUACAACACCCUCACAGAGUUCAUCAGAGAGGAGUAUUGGAGAAGAGGCUUUCAGGAAGUAGCCUCCCCCAACAUCUACAACAGCAAGCUGUGGGAGACGUCAGGCCACUGGCAACACUACAGCGAGAACAUGUUCUCCUUCCCUGUGGAAGAUGACAUCUUUGCACUUAAGCCCAUGAACUGCCCUGGGCACUGCCUGAUGUUCAGCCACAGGCCUCGGUCAUGGAGGGAGCUUCCUCUGAGGCUAGCAGAUUUCGGGGUACUCCACCGGAACGAGCUGUCAGGAACACUAACUGGCCUGACCAGAGUCCGCCGUUUCCAACAAGAUGACGCUCACAUUUUCUGCACAAUGGAACAGAUAGAGUCAGAGAUGAAGGGCUGUCUGGACUUCCUGCGCUGCGUCUAUGAUGUGUUCGGCUUCUCCUUCCAGCUUCACCUCUCCACUCGUCCAGAGAAGUACCUGGGCGACAUCUCUGUGUGGAACCAGGCCGAAAAGCAACUGGAGAACAGCCUGAAUGAGUUUGGGGAGCCAUGGAAACUCAACCCUGGAGAUGGUGCUUUUUAUGGACCCAAGAUUGACAUUAAAAUCAAAGAUGCAAUUGGACGCUACCAUCAAUGUGCAACCAUUCAGCUGGACUUCCAGCUGCCUAUCCGCUUCAACCUGACCUUUGUGGGGAAGGAUGGGGAUGACAAAGGACGGCCAGUAAUCAUCCAUCGUGCCAUCUUGGGUUCAGUGGAGAGGAUGAUCGCCAUUCUCACAGAGAACUAUGCAGGGAAAUGGCCUCUAUGGCUGUCUCCUCGCCAGGUGAUGUUUGUGCCUGUCAACCCCUCCUGUGAGGAAUAUGCCAAGAAGGUUUGUAAGCAGUUUGUGGAGGCUGGUUUCAUGGCAGAUGCCGACUUGGACUCUGGCUGUCUUCUAAACAAGAAGAUCCGCAAUGCUCAGUUGGCACAGUAUAACUUCAUUCUUGUGGUUGGUGAGAAGGAGAAGAUGACUGACAGCGUCAACGUUCGCACGAGGGACAACAAAGUCCACGGAGAGCUGCCUGUGGCUGAGGUGCUCGCUCGCCUGACCCUGCUCAAACAGGCCCGCUGCCGAAACGCAGAGGAGGAGUUUUAACCCACAUAAGGAGCGCAUCACGAGGCUCUCUUAUUUAAAUACCUCAGGCUCAGUCUUCUGCUUCUGUUUCCAAGAGUAGAGCGAUAAAUGAUUGCACACGUAAUGGUGGUACAGGGAAAGUGUAGAUAAAACAUAAAUAAGAAAAGGACACUGAUGAAUUGGCAUUGUGUAGAUAAAGCGAAUGGGUGAGGCUGAAAACCCACAUGAAGCUGACUACAGAGUAUGACUUACUUGCAAGAUCACUUGAUGUACUGCUGAAAUACAUUUGGUGAAUCACAAGGAAUGAUUUUUGGUAUGUGGUACUGGCAUCAAGGACUUUAUCUGUAAGGGAUUUGAUAAGAUGUUAAGAAAAGUGAAGAAACGGAUGUAAUCAUUGUGACAAGUGAAGGCACUGUUCGUGAAUGUGGCACUGACUUAAUCUGGCAAAGGUCUGUCUAUAUGGUGAAUGGCAUAAUCCAAAAAUAAAACAAAAGUACCCAAAUCAA